UUAUAGAAACACAGAACCUCUGUCCUCUCCACUUCGUCCUCAGUUUCAGCAACAACAAAUGUUCAGUUUGACUUUAGACGCGUCGCUUCGGAGGAUUUUACGUUUUUAGCAGAGUUAGCUUAGCCGCUCGUUACCAUGGCAACACGAGUGCCGCUAGCUAACAUCCGGCUUUUGUUGACAAAACAACAACAACGGGUUUUCGUUUAAACCAGGUUGUUUUGUUGGGGAGUUUUUGCAGCUGAACUAAAGUAAAUUUGGACUGAAGGAUGGAGCAGUACAGCAUCCUGGGUCGGAUUGGAGAAGGAGCUCAUGGCAUCGUGUUCAAGGCCAAACACACUGAGACAGGAGAAACUGUGGCUCUGAAGAAAGUGGCUCUCAGGAGGCUGGAGGACGGCAUCCCCAACCAGGCUCUGAGGGAGAUCAGGGCCCUGCAGGAGAUCGAGGACAACGAGCACGUCGUGAAGCUGAAGGAUGUUUUCCCUCACGGGACGGGCUUUGUUCUGGUCUUUGACUUCAUGCUGUCUGACCUCUCUGAGGUCAUCAGGAACCACCAGCGACAUUUGACCCCGGCUCAGGUCAAAGGGUACAUGAUGAUGCUGCUGAAGGGCGUGGCCUUCCUGCAUCACAACAACAUCAUGCACCGG